AUGAGAUAUGGCCAUGCUCACCUCCAACCUACACUCUCACUUGUCCAAUCCAUUCAGCUCGUUGCAAGCCCUGUCUGGGCGCUCUCUCCACACCAUCAAGACUCCUGCACAAUGCGCGCAUUUCGCAACAUCCUCAUCGUGGGUGUCCUCUCCAGCGCCAUCUACUGCCUCAUCAAGGACAGGCCUCUCGUGCUCUUGGCCAUCGUCUUGGUGAUCGGAAUCGCGGUGGGCGCAUGGUGGAUGUACAUGGUGCAGAAGAUCAGUCAGAGAUACGAUGAGUGGUGCGCGGCCGUGGCCAAAGCGAAAUCGAAAUCGAACAGCGGCCGAGAUGCGACGCUUCUGCGCUUGAUGGCUGCUGCUUUUGGCGUGGGCAUCGGCGUCUCGGGAAUCAUCGUUGUGGCUGUGGUGCUGGUGUGGGUUUGGUCAUGGUAUGCGCUGGCUUGUCUUGGGUGGGUGGGUGUCGUGGCAGCUGUUGGGAGCUGGAUUUCCUACGGAGAUGAACUUCUCGACUUUCAUGGGCGGCACAUUGGAGUCAACCAGAAUUUAUCACCACACAUUGGAUACGAAUCCUAG